AUGGAGUUCGGUUGGUGCUACCAUUCAUGUGCCCCAAAUGAAAUUUACACAAACACACAUAAAAGAGAACAAAGACCAACAUUUAUAACUAAUCUUUUUUUUUCAGAGAGGUUAAUCAAAAAACGCAUCUGUUCUGCCGAAAUUUGCAGAAGACGCCGCCAUUGUCAUCAUCACUAUCAUCAUUUGUAUCAUCACUACGAUCAGGUGCGGAAUAUAACAUCCGAAAAUGAGAGCAGUAGACAUACGUCUUUAUCUCAACCUGAUGUUAAUGACACAAGCACACAGACUGAUGGAGGGGAGUCCACAGACACAACCACCUCUUUUAGACCACCAAGAAAGCCUACACCAAUAAAGCCUACACCAAGAAAGCCUACACCAGAGCCUCCCAGUUCUGAUUCAUCCGUUGGAAGGAGACGUCCUGACCGUCCUGGAAGACUACAUCUGAGAUGUAAUACAGUAGUUUUGGCUCGAUGGUCGGAAGACGGGUGGUAUUAUUUUGGUAAGGUGACUAGUGUGGAGAACGACUACGUCAAAGUAUUAGACUCUACCGGAUAUGAGGAAAAUAUUAGAAAAAGGGAUAUACUUGUCGAGAGUGUCAGUCAUAACGGUAGUGUAAAGCAGGAUGACAAAGUCGUCGCAAUGCAUCCAAAGUAUGAAAACAGUUACGCUCCUGCCACUAUUCUUAAUGUGUACAACAAUGGAUACCUCAUUCAGUUCUAUGACGAAACAGAAACUGAGACAGACGAAGUCUAUAAAAUAUCAGAUCAAAAAUACACACAAGAUGUAGAUUAUAUUAAAAGUCAGGAAAUGCAGAUUCGUGGCCUUGUGAUAGCCCGUGAUGAUAUCAAUGGAUUAUAUAGACCAUUUAUUGCAGUAUGUCCAAAUCACAUGACCCAGCAAAUUUUUCUACAAGCGCAAAACAACACUUACAUAAUUCAAGAGGCCAUACAUGUAUUCCGACGACAAGGCAGUAUGCAAAAAAUUACCAGACAUUGGAAAUAUGUUCUUGGACCACUAGAUCCGGCACGAACUGUGUACCUCCCGGCCGAAAUUAUCACCAGACGUCCAUUUCGCCUUCGGUUUUGUAAUGGACAGCUAAAUGACCACGCCAAGUUAAGCGAUUGUUUUUUCCUCAGUGAAGAUUAUUACAAUAAUGCCACUAAAUACUUUGUCGCCCAUGGAUCUAACACGCGCACAACUUACAUGUUUUGACUUCCUUAAACCGGGGACCAAGCAUUGAUCAACGUUUGUUAUGUUGACGAUAAUACGGCGUAUAAAAGAAUCUUCUUUCGGUUGUAGAAAUGUACAAGUCUCAAAAGAAAGGUACAGUUACCGGAAGUAGCAGGAGUUUGUAAUCGCAAGACAGUACACAAUGAGUUGCACAAGUUUGCAAGUCAUGGUACAUUGUACAUGUACAUUGAUUUCUUUUAUCUACUGCAAAUAAAGUUAGUUUUGAUUAACAAAAAUAUGUUUAGUUAACAUUUUUAUUAUGGUUAUCAUAUUAUUAUGUUUAAUUUAUUUUUAUGUUUUUGUUUAUUUUUUUCUUCAAAUAAACGUUACUUUUACAACUAUAAAAUCUAGUUUGUCAAUUCUUUAAUGUCAUAAAUGAAAUUUAUAAUUCUAAAGAUAGCAAGUCGUAUGUAAUUAUAUUGCAAGGUUACAGUAUAGUUAAACAUUGACAAACUGAUUCUUAAAAUUGAUUUGACAAAA